AUGAUUUAUCUUAUUUUCCUUCAUAUCUCCUUCUGCCUAUUUUUAUCCAUUUCGGCAAAUCAAAAUCGUACUGCAACGCAAAUCUCUGUCGAUAUCGAAUCUCUGAAUGACACGACCUUCAUCUUAUAUUACAACUUAACGACAGACUAUCCAUACUAUCUAACGUUUCGCUUGUUUGAACACGAAGCAAUUAAAUAUGGUUUAUAUCCAGCAACACAUCGAUACGAACAUAAAAAUUUAAAAAUAUUCAAUCAGUCUAGUUCGUCAGCCGAGUCCGUUGAUCUCUUCGUCAUCUGUUUCCAUUUUAUUCGCCGAUCCGAUGACAUAGAAAUCCAAUGUAAAGACCUCCGAGUGAUCAAAACCGAUUUCGAAAUUCUUCCAACUUAUAAACCAUUAUUUGUACCAUUAAUGUACGCAUUAAGUAUUCUGAUGCUUUUACCGAUGAUGAUUCAACAUCGUCAUCAUAAACGUAAACAACUACUUGAACGACGCAAGCAAUUGAGGCGUCUUUCCUUGACAAUAUCGCCGGAUAAUCCCGAUCUGUUGACAGACAUUGUUGAGAAAGGCCAUGUCAAUGUUAAGAAAAUCCCCAUUCAAAUUGAACUUGUUUCAUUGCCACCGAAACAAGUUCUCGAAGAUAUCGAUGAUAACGACAAUGUGACAUAUACAUUACAAACAAUACGUUCGUCUAUCGAAAACAGCGACGAGAAUGACGAUGAAGAUGGACCGUCUAUUAGUGCUGACGAAUGUAUAGCUCAUCUUUUGAAUAAUAUACCAUGGAAAUCACAUCUACAUCAACAUUCACCAAUGAUUAGUUCAGUGAACAGACAGCCAAGAGAUGUACUUGGUGAACAGCAAGUUCCAGUCAUAACAAUUCUAACCGAUCGAGAUGCCGAAGAAGAAGAACAAGACGAUGGUUCUAAUGAUAAACGGCCGAUACUAAGACCGAAGUCUCAUCACACGGUUGAAUUAUUCAUAACCAAUCCUGUCUAUGCGAAUGCAGAUGAUAUGAUGAAACUCGGCUUGUGA